AGCGUCCAUGCUUUUGUGGUGUUUCUCCCGUGGUCGCAUCUCCCGUGCCCCAGGCUGAUAUACAUUGUGCGACAGUGCGAGACUUAUCUGCCUACUAGGACAACGAUCAUGGGACAUCCACCUCGACUUAGGAAAGCGACCCUCGUUUGCCUCUUAUUUCUGUUCGUGGUUACCGAAUCAGCAUCUAAAUCAGGAUGCACAGUCGGUUGCCGUGGAAUGCACCCAAAAAAGGCGUAUCAGGAAGGGCAUACGUACGUAUACAACUUAGAGGGUACAUCGGUGACGUCUGUCACUGGCGCGCAAGGAGAUGCAACUCUUAAACUGGCAGCCACCGUAGAAUUGUCUGUGAAACCGGAUUGUGUGCAUCAACUGCGGUUGAAGAACGUCCAAAUCAACGGAGCGCCACCGUCGACACCAGACGUUGAACAAUUUCCGAUUCAAUUCAAUUACCACGAUGGCCAUAUUGACACUCAGCUCUGCACCGACUCAGCUGACUCCCAAGCAUCUCUUAAUAUCAAGAGAGCAGCUGUUUCCAUGUUUCAAUCGGCUGUUAUGCAGGAUAACGGUGUAACCACGCGUCACGAGACUGACGUGAUGGGAACCUGUCCAACAGAGUUUAACUUCCGCAAGGAAGGUGACUCUCUGAUCGUGAAUAAGAAUAGAAAUCUUGCUAUGUGUGCAUUCCGGGAGAACGUGGACCAGGCACUCGUAUCUGGCAGCAUGGACACAGCGGCUGGUUGGAAAUCCUCUCCAGUCCUCGGUUCGCAACAAUCGAUCGAGCAACGUUUCAAACGCGGUAUUUUAACCAAGGCUAUAUCCAAAGAAGUGUACAACCUCGUUCCAUUCAGCCAUGGAAGUGCCGGUGCCAAGACUAUUGUAGAAACUACAUUAACAUUAAAGAACGAAAAGAGUGACAAUCCCACCGCAGAAGUAUCCCAGCCAAAGUCUAUCAUAUUCGAAGCUCCACACCCAGUAUUGAAAUCCUCUCCGGAAGCCAUUAACAAUGCGUUGAAAGCUGCCAAAACUGAAGUAGCCUCACGGCGUACCGUGAGACCAGAAGCAGCUGCGAAAUUCGCUGAUCUUGUGAAGGUUCUCAGGUUAAGCAACAAGAAUGACAUCCUUUCUGUGUAUCGGAAGGUUCGUUCCGACAAAAAUGAUCAGAAGCUAUUACUGGAUGCUCUGUUCCAAACUGGAAGCGGUGAAGCAGCUGAAGUUGGAGUAGAACUAAUGAAGAGCAAAGAUCUCUCAACUGUCCAGACUCUUCUCUUCUAUGCCAGUCUAACUAUCAUUCGCCAUGUUCAUCUGCCAUCAGUGUCAGCCAUAACGACUCUUCUGGACCAGCCUAACCUACCCCGACUUGGCUACCUUGGAGUUGGUCAAGUAAUCGGCAAGUACUGCCAAGUACACUCCUGUGACAAUGUGCCAGAAGUGAAGCAGGCGGUGCACAAGAUUCGUGAGAAAGUAGGUAACGGCAAAACCAAGACCAGGGAACAGGAGAACAUCGUCGUCUCUGCUCUUAAAGCUCUAGGUAACACUCAGUUCCUUGAUGACGCUACCUUGCAGAAAUUGGCCAAUAUCGGUGCUGAUAAGAACGUACGAAAUCGUGUACGAGUCGCUGCUAUUGAAGCUUUGCCAACCAGGUGCACGAUGAAAUGGAAGAAUAUCCUGUUUAAGGUGCUAGCUGAUCGAGAGGAAGACAGUGAAAUUAGGAUCAAGUCUUAUUUGUCUAUGGUCGCCUGUCCUUGUCCACACACAGCCAGUCUUCUGAAAGAGGUGCUGGAUAAGGAGACUGUCAAUCAGGUAGGAUCUUUCAUCCAAAGUCACUUGAGAAACCUGAGAGCCUCGACAGAUCCUAGCAAACUGAAUGCCAAGAAUCACCUUGGACUGAUCAAGCCUCGAACAAAAUUCCCGGAAGACUUCAGGAAAUUCUCCUUCAAUAACGAAUUAUCUUAUAAGAUGGACUCGCUUGGUAUCGGUUCUACCCUUGAGAACAAUGUUAUAUACAGUCAAAAUAGUUUUGUGCCACGUUCCACAAACUUAAACAUGACAAUGGAGCUCUUCGGACGCAACUUCAAUUUUCUUGAAUUGAAUACACGUGUGGAGAAUUUGGACAGAGUGAUUGAGCACUACUUUGGACCCAAGGGAAAAGUCUGGGAGGUCUUGGACGACUUGAACACUGAAAGUACCAAUACCGCUACCUCGCUUGGUAAAUAUAUUAAGGAACGGUAUGAGAAAAUUAGACCUAAACGUGAUGUGAAACAGGCAGAAUUGGAUAAAUUCGCGAAGAAUGUGCACUUGAGAAACAACGAGGUCGAUCAGGAAUUAGAUGUAGACUUAUCUGCCAAAUUGUUUGGUGUCGAACUCGCGCACUUGAGCUAUCAAGGUGAUACCCACAAGCUGAAUCCUAAAGCCAUCAUCGACAAAAUCUUCGACAGCCUCGAGAAAGGCUUCGGCGUUGUCAAAGACUUAGACUACGACUUUGAGAACUGUCUCCAGUUUCUCGACAGUGAUUUAGUGUAUCCCACCGGUUUGGGAAGCGCAUUAAGUCUUGGCCUGACUGGAACAAGCGCACUUCGUUUGAAGACUGGUGGAAAACUAGAUCUCAAAGCUAUUUUGAAUGAUCCAAAGAACGCCGAAUUUAAACUCCUUACUGAAGCAAGUGUUUCUGUCAACAUCGUCGGAAAUAUGCUCGUAAAAGCACCUGGAGCCGAAUCUGGAAUGAAGAUCGUUACCACUCUUCAUUCAGCUACCAGCAAUGAAUUGAUUGCCUCCGUAUUAGACGGGCACGGCAUUGAUAUCCACUAUAGCAUUCCUGAGAAGACGCAGGAGAUCAUCAACGUGGAGAGCGAGGUCCUACUCUCCUCUGGAGCCAAAGGAAGUGAAUAUGUAGCUCCUAAAUUCGCAAAGGGCAAGGAACACUCCGGUUGCUUCGAACAACUAGCCAGUAUUCUUGGUAUAACCAUCUGCGGAAAAGUAUCAUAUCCUUAUCAAGAUCUAGGUACCGUUAUCCAAAAGCCUCUGUUCCCCCUAAGCGGACCAGCCAAAUUUGCAAUCACCUUGAAUAAUCCACAAAUCAACAAAUAUCACUUCAAACUUGACCUCAAUAUCAAAGACGAGAAGAAACGUUCCUUCGAACUUUUGCUGGACAAUGAAAGUAGCGGGUCUAACAAGCGUCUAGCGUUGAUCGUCGAAACAGGUGUGGAACCUAACAGGUACAUCAAAGCAGCUUUGGACACGCCUAUUAAGAAAGCUUCCGUGGAAGCUGUACUUAAGAAUACUCCAAAGGAACGUACUGUGAGUGUCACUAUUCUUCACGAUCAGGUAGAAUACUACGGUGUUAUAGGGGUAAUAGCUAGUGGAAGCAAAUACAAGCCUGUAUUGGAGUACAAGGUACCCGAGCAUGUCGUAAAACUUGCUGGCCCAGGGAAGCUGACACCAUACAAAUACAAUCUGGAAGGCACGAUAGAUGUUUCUGAUUACGAAGGUGGUCAAAAGUACGUGUUCGAAAAGGUAGCUUUCGUUAUUGGUGGUGCAAAAGUAAUUGUUGUUGAUGGUAAUCUCGCAUGGACACCUACCAGCAUUAACGUGGACACGGUUAUCAGUCAAGAAUCAAACAGGAACAUAGUAUUCAAAUUGGAUGGCAAGAAAAGCAACGACGACUACAAGCUCUCAGUUUCUGCCAUUCCAAACGAUCCGAACAGUGCAUUCAACCUGAACUGGGAGUUCAACAGAGAACCGAAUGAAAUGGGACAAAAGCUCGUGUUCAUUUACGGACCUGAUCCAAAGUCUGAAACCAAUCGCUUGUCCUUAACACAGAAAGUUGUUUACAAAUUAGAUCCCAAGGAUCUCCUUUGGUCUGUAUACAGCGAGCUCACGUACCCGGUGAUCAAUCUCAAAUUGAAGUACGAUGGAAAGCUAACCCGCAAAUCGGUCAAUACUGACAUCGAAGUGAAAUAUAAAUUGUUCAAGUAUGGGACCGAAUUAUCUGCCAAGAGAGACACGGAGAAACCUGGUGACUAUGAAGUUGAACUGGAAGUUGAAUUUAUGGAAAACAGCAUCGAAGUGAAAGGCAAGCGCAUCAUUCUGGAUGGACACAAGAGCCAAUUCACCAAUUCUCUCGAAAUGAAACCAGGUGGCAAAUACAGCGCCGAUGGGAUGGUGAUCCAUGAUAUUAGCAAGAACAACGUGAACCUACAACUGGAUGGACACUUAAAUCUGAAUGGAGUGAAGGUGAAAGUUGACACUGGUCUGGAGGCUAAUCCUCAACUUCUUAACUCUGUCAUCGAAAUGAAAGUCGAUGGUGCGACCUACAUCAACUUCCAAUUGAAGACCAAACAUAGUCCAAAUCCAAGUGGUACACUGAGUGUUAACUUGAAGAACUAUUUAACAGCUAAUGGUCAUUACUCUUAUAAAGGUGGUCAAGGAGACGCAAACCUGAACGUGGAUAUUCCUAAGAUCAACCGAAAAAUCAAGGCUACCGGUACUUUAACUGUUUCUGGAUCUCAACAUGUAGGCAAUCUCGAGCUUUUGUACGAUGCUGAGAAGGAUCCUAGCAAACGUCUCAAAGUUUCUACUGUAUCUGAUAUCACAAAGACGUCCGUAGACACGAAGAACGUGAUAGAGUUCUUGAAAUACAAGUUGGAAGCUAACGCCAAAGGUCAGUUACAAGGCACCCUACAGGAUGGCCAGUUACAACUAGAAGCUGACGUUACUUUACCCAAUGGUCGACACCUCGUGUACAAAGGAAAACGUAACAGCGCGAAGAAGGAGAACAAAUAUGAUAUACGCGUGUCGAGUGAAUUGGCAGAUUACGAACAAAAGGGUGGACCAUCGAGGAAAUUCAUUUACGAUACUAACAUACAAGAUCUUGAUCUGGUGGCGAUAACGUUCAAAGGCAACGCUAACUUGAAGUACAUCAAUAAGGACGGAAAGGAUGUGCGAUUAACAUGGAGUGGAAAGAACGUGGAACAAGCGGAUAAGGGAAAGCUGAGAGAAUUGAGCAUAAACUUGGACGGAGCGAAUAUUCCGAAGAAGCUACAAGUUCAGCUUGGCUGCGUUCAUGAUGCCAAUACUGGAACGUACAACGUCGAGUCGUCUGUCGGAGAUGAUUUCUCGUUGGCGAGCAAGGUAAAUCUAAGACACGGAAACAAUGUCGAUAAACCAUACAGAGCGGAUUGUGAUCUGGAAAUGAAAUUGCCUAGCGAAAAGCUCCAAAACCUGAAGCUCGAGCUGUCCUCAAGUAUGUUGGACUCUGAUGAGGCGGAUAUCAUGAAAGCUACAGAUAACAUAAAGCUAACAUACAACAACGAUCACAAGAUCGAAUUAAAUUCAGAAAUCGAGCUGAAAGGAUUAAAUAAGGACAUGGAAGGUCCCAGCGAAGGUCAAGGAAGACUUACUUUGGACAUUGUGAAUCUCCCUCGUAUACAAUUAUCGAGCAACUAUAAGUACAAUCCAACGCCAGAGAAGAAGACAGCUAUGGUGAAUUUAGAUGGCCAGUUUGGAGAGAAGGCAAUUUCGUUUAGAUCUGAUAACGAAUACCUUCCUACAGUUUCUAUCGUCAACAUCAAGGCUAAAGCCAACUUACUCCAUGAGAAAUUGCGCAACGUUGAUUUGCAACUCGCUUACAAGAGACUGAAAGAAGAAAACAAGCUAACAAUCGACAGUAAAGCAGUUGCUGACGGUAACAAAUAUACUCUGAAUGGUGAAAUGCAGUAUUUGGACACGAGCAGUCUGUUCCAUGUAACAUCUGCAUGUCCGAAUGGAAAAACCGAGAUAUUCUCCAAAUUCCAAAAGCUAAAUGAGAAGGAAUACAAAGGUGAAUGGAUAGUGGACACUCCUAAAGGAUUCGCGAAGGCUGAUGCGCAUGUGGAUCUCGAAAGCAUCGACAAUUUCGUGAUUAACGCGAACUUUGAUAGCGACAAAAUCAAACACCGCAAGAUCCAUGCUGAAAUCGCCAACAAACCAACACCAAAGAACGGCAAGCUCAUCACCAUGGCUGUGACCAGCGAUGGCAAGAACAUCGUAACUGGGAGGUACAUGUUGUAUUAUAUAUCCAGCACAAACUACAAGCGUCGCGAUGAGGAUGGAAAGAUCGUGGUGGAGGGCAAUGGAAGCAUGAAGGUCGGCGAUGAUACAAGGAGCUCCUCCUUCAAAUAUACUCGUCAACAAUUGAGUCAAGAAAAAGAUGGAGAAGUUGGCGUGGCAAUAGUGUUGAACGUGAAUUUCGAGCCAUCUGCCAUCGUGGGUGAACUAAAACUAUCGAACAAAGAGCUGCAUGUGUUCAAUAGCUACUGCGAGCAGAACAAGGACUGCGCUCAGUUCAAACUUCAAUCGAUUAUGAACGUAGAACAGAAAAAAUUACUAAAACAUCAAGUAACGGUAGAAGUCGAUCUGAAGAAGUUCAACGUACCUGUAGAAUUCGGUCUGAAGACCAGGACGGAGUUGAAAAACCCGAUAUUCGACCACAAAACGAAUCUCUAUCUCCAUUCUUCAAAGGACAAGACCGAAUACACUUAUCAAUUAUACAUUCAUCCCAAAGAAGCUGCUUCCAUUGUAUCUUUGCCUUCCCGUGAAGUAGCUGCCAUUUUCACAUACGAUCUACCUAAGACCAAACAGACCGCGUCAUACAAGGUCGACGCGUCUCUUUAUCUGGACAGAAAGAACAAACCAUCUGAUAAGACCAGUUUGUCUGUCAAUGGAGACAUUAAUAUCGACAAGAACAGCAUGUCCCUUAAUGGGGAAACAAAAUUCUCGUAUCCAACGCAGUCCAAGGACAUGGUAGUGAAAGGAAAUGUGCAGUGUAACAAGGAGCAACAACUAUUGAACGCUAAUUUGGACAUAGACGUGUUCGCCAAGAAAAGUCAGAAGAUCACGAUUGCGGUGAAUGUGCAAAACCAAGAACUUCCAGAAGGCAGAAACCUGACCAGUUCGGUCGAAGUGAAUAGCCGUGGCCAGCAAUUGAAGCUCGAUCUGAAAUCUCAUUUGACAAUAUCUACCAAACAAAUAGGAUUCGGCAAUUUCUUCACCUACAAUGACGUGAAACAAAAACCAAAAACUUUGGGUGCUCUUUUCUCUGCUGAUACAAGCCAUGUUUAUCUGUUUGUCACUUUACCUGAUAAAGAACUGAUCAAGGAUGAUUGGAAGCUGGAUAUCUCCAAGAACAAGCAAAAAAUAUACAGAGAACUGUCUCUUUUGGGCGAGGCUCCUCGCGUUAUGAGUUACGAGGCCAAUAACUUGAACCCAUUCAAGUUUGAAACAUACUUCAAAGGUAACCCUAAGGUCAAAUUUAGCGUCAACGGACAAGUUGUUCUUGGUCAACUGGCGGAGAUCCAUGGGAAUGCUAUCAUAAAUGGGGCGAAGAAGGAGCUAUUCCACGGUUUGGUUCAUUUGGACGAGAAACAAUUCCUGAAACCCGAUUUUGGUUUCAACAAAGAAAAUGUUGCCGAGUUAGUGGAAAUUAAGAAAAAUAAGAUUCUCGAGCUUGUGAAGAAAUUAAAAGACGUCGACGACUACGCAUUGAACCAAGUGAAAGCAGAAGGCACAGACUUCAUCGAACAUCUGAAGAAGGCGCAACCAAAUAUGAAGCCACUUUUAGAUUAUUAUCAAACAGAAUUGAACAAAAUAAAGGACGAACUCAAUGCUGACGAGAGUAUCAAAGAAAUCCAGGCUACCUUGAACAAAUACUUUGGCGUCCUUGUGACAGCUAUCACGGAGAUGAUGAAAGAAAUUGCGAAAGGUCUGGAUAAACUUCAAGAACAAUUAACCAACAUAACGGCCAACCUAAAGGAAGCCAUUAAGUCGAUUUGUCCUAAAUUGAAACAAUCAUACGAAAAGAUAUUCCAUCAAGCUAUGGAUAUCCUCGAGACCUUGGCAAAACUCGCCAAUAUUUAUCUUAACGCGGUUCUUGACUUGAUAAAUCAGCAUCAAAAGGAAAUAAAUGAUACCAUAGGUUUAGUCUCUGGAAUAGUUCAAGACUCCGCGAAGGUUGUAUUGAUAGCAUUGGAACAGGCCAAACGAAGCGUCGAAGAAUUCUAUACUUUGCUGAUGAACGAACUGAAGGCCCUGCCUGUUUACGAAGUGCUGAAGGAGAAAUUGGAAGAUCUGAAGAACUUUGAGAUACCGCAAACUGUUCUGGUUCCGAUCGAAGAACUGUGCAGGGUCACAAAGAGUAUUCUGCCUACUGCGGAAUUACAGCAUCUUGUCGACAGCAUUUGCCAGUAUGUUUUCAAGCAUAUCAAACAAGAGAAGGUCGACGAGGCGAACGAACUGAAGAAGAUCUACUCGCAACUCUCGUCCGCAAUUCAAUCAGUUCUGACUCUGUUGCAAAAACAGUCUUCGUGGGGCAACUUGCUCUCUUUCGUUCAAGUCCAACCACUCGAUUUCACUCUUUUGUCCAGACUCCCAGGCAUUUCCGCCAUCCAAUCCUCUGUUGUAAAUCUCUUACGUAACAGAGAGCUACCGACGCCUUUGGAUCUGUAUCGCGCUUACAGGCCGACCGCUCAUCUAAAAGAUCUCAUACCACCCUUCAGCAAAUCAGGAGUCGUCACUCAUGGAGGACACUUCUUCACGUUUGAUGGACGUCAUUUGAGCUUGCCGGGUACCUGCACUUAUGUUCUAGCACAAGAUAUGCAGGAUGGAAAUUUCUCUGUCAUAGCAAACUUCAAUGAAGGAAAUCUGGUCAGCAUCACGGUUACCGAGCUGAAAGAGAGCAUCACCCUCAAGAGCAAUGGAAACAUCCUGAUGAACAACAAACCGGCCGAGUUCCCAACGAGCACGAAGAAUCUGCACGCUUAUCUCUUCCCACCAUUCAGUAACAUCAAGUCCGAUUAUGGUGUCCGAGUUACAUGCUCCAAUAAAUCACCUAUGAUUUGCGCCGUCCAUGUUUCUGGCUUCUACUUGGGUAAACUCCGUGGAAUCCUUGGCGAUGGCAACAACGAGCCAUACGAUGAUUUUACUCUGCCCUCCGGAAAGAUCACCGAAAGUGGAUCAGAAUUUGGAAACGCGUACAAGCUAAAGGGUGAAUGUCCAGAAGCGACUGCAAUGGACCACAAAAACCACGCUCCAAUCUGUACCGACUACUUUACUAGCUCCAAUUCGCCUUUGAAAUCUUGCUUCAAUAUCGUCAAUCCAGUACUGUAUCGCGAAGCUUGCGAUCAUGCGACCGCCGUUAAUACACCAAACGGAGCUUGCAUAAUUGCCACAGCUUAUCACUAUGCUUGUUACGAGCAAGGCGUCAUGAGCACUCAGCUUCCAACGUCUUGUGUGAAUUGCAAGGUAGGAGCAAACGAAAUCGAGGUAGGCGACACGUUCAGCGUGAUAGUUCCGAAGAAAGAGGCUGACAUUGUUUUCGUAGUCGAACAACAGACACCGAACGACAAAAUCUACAAAGAGAUGAUUGUUCCUUUGAUGUCUGAGGUCAGGGAGGAAUUGAAACAACAAGGAAUUACAGAUGUACACAUUGGACUUAUUGGAUUCAGCGAGAAUAUGAAGUGGCCACAACACUAUACGUUGAAUGGCGACACCAACAUUGACGGUGAGGUAAAGAACAUGAAGUUCCACGAAAAGAAACCAGCAGUUACUUGGCAGGAAGCAAAGACGGGCGAUACGGAGAAGAGGCUUAAUUAUUUACGCCAGAAAUUGGACGUCGAGCUGGGUACAUUCAAGUUGACCGACGCUUACGAGACUGCGAUUCGAUAUCCCUUCAGACCUGGUGCGGCCAAAGCUGUGAUCGCAGUGAUCGCGAACCCUUGUGAGAAGAGUCCUUUCCCUAUUUCGUUGCAACAUCUCAGGCUUUUGCUUGGUCACAAGAUAUAUCGUGAUUUGGGGCUCACCUACUACCAUGUGUCGUAUCCCGAAGAGCUGCUCGUCUCGGGCAAACCUCUAAAGAAUAUCGUCGGAUACGACCAAGACAGCGUGUACACGUUCGCUGACAGCAAGAAGAAGCCUCUUACCGGAAAUACCGACAUGAAGAGCAAUCUCUCACCGGCGGUCAACGACGUCUGCGCUGACUUUGCGGUAUCUUCUGGUGGUGCUGCGUUCAGUUCUAACAACUUCUUGGAAGCCAAGCCGAACCAGAAGAAACAAUUCGUCCAAGUAGCGGCAAGAAGGGUCGUCGAUGGACUCAUUAAUUUAGAACUCCAGAAAGAUUGCUCAUGUAACUACCAGUAUGGUAUGGUCGGUCGCCCUCAGUGCAAGAUCAUAGGCCGCAAGGAAGUUCCGAGACCCGCCAAGGGAGGAGCGAAGGCAGGUUAAGGCGAAAUUUUCGCGCAGACUAUCAUUACUAAUUAAUUUAGGUGUAUCGUGUUUGUUUUCUAUAUUUGUAAACGAAUGAAGAUCGUUAGCGCUUCCCAGCGA